GAUCUUCGAUCUGCAGGCGACUUUGGACAUGAAUGUCUGUGAAAUGAAGACGACUCCCAUAAGUAUUGUGAGGCUCGUUCCUUGAUCGAGUGACAGGACAUUAUUGAAGGUAUCAAACAUUUCUAAGCAGAUGCAAGAGUGCACGACCUUGCAUGACCUUGCCCAGAAAAUUGAACAGGGCUAGGAGCAGCAUUGGCUGCAGGGGUGGGGAGGUCUAUGGUCCGCUGUGUGCCGGAUUCGGGUCGAAGUUACUGCCUUUGUUGACUGGGGUUUCCAUUCGAAGCUUAUGUCACUUCUCCUUCUCACCUUUUCACUUUUCAGCACUGGGCAGGCGUCAAACUCUAUACAUCGUGGUAUCACUUGGCAGAGGCCUGUGUUUUUAAUGAACAGUAGGAAAACCCUGUUAAGCAUAUGCUUUUCUGUUUUUGCAAAGAAAAGCACUCCUCCCGAAGUUACGUGUGGUACUGGAGAUUCUGACUUUUUGCGGUGAGGCUCGGCGGAUGGAGAAGGGGGGAGGGUGCAGAGGGGCGUGUGUACUGAAAUGUUCACACCGUGCCGUUAAACGAGAGAGUGCACCCCUGGGGGGGGGCACACAGCGGGUGUCGAUGAGAAUGAACAUCUUGCCGAUCUCGGCGGUGUAAAGCUUAAUUCAGGGUGGUACACGUUUUGCAGGAUCUGACUUCCCAGUAUGCAGCUCUCUAACCCGGGCUACUCGGGAUAUCGAGGGCUCAAAAUGGCCACAUGGUCGGAUGGUCAAUGGGGAUUAUCGAUUGGUGAGGGUUUUCUGUCUUUUUCUGCAAAUCUGUCUUGGAUACGCUGGAUGGGCGUGUGUUCUAUUUCUGCCGAUUCGCUCGACGUUCUGGUUUGGAUGUGUGCGUCUACAGCAUGACACAGUCUCAAUGCCCGCCUAGGAGUUCUAGCCGUGCGGCUGUGUGUCUCACACACAUUGCAGGUGAAUCUAUCAUGGGAUGGAAUGAUUGACGAAUGACUCCAGCCAUCAGUAAUGAAAAUGCGAUCUUAAUGUCAACAGCUGGUGGGGGAAAGCAGCUUGUAGCAGACACUGCUGGAGAGCUCGAAUGACAUUUCCGUCAACUUUACGUCUGUUACCAGGCCACAACAAAGGAGCGGUAAUUGAAAGGAAAGGAGAGUUGGACAGAGAGGAAGAGAUUUGAGUGAGUGUGUGUGUGCGUUUACAGAACGUCAAGAGGCGUACAGUUCGCAGCAGCGAGGGAGUUGGGAGGAGUGGAAUGUGCUGAGGAUGCUUUUAAAGCCCCAAUGCCCUAAAAUAGAAAAUGGCUUUAAAUUCUGCUCUAACAUCCACGCACGCCUCAGGCAUCUUUUCAAGAUGGAAAAUGAAGUUUAAAAGGGGAUAUUAAGCAGGGAGGAGAGCCAGCAGGAGUUUGCACAGGCGAGGUGGAAAGCUAGCAGGAGCCUGUACACGCGAGGUGGAAAGCCUGCAGGGGCCUGCACAGGCCAGGUGGAAAAUGAAGCGUUUCAUGGAGAGGGUAACUGUCUUUUAGUAUGAAAUAUGAAAGUUUCUCAGGGGCGAGUAGAGGAAUCUCGGAAUCUCGUGGAGGUUAUAAUGCCGCUAUAUAUAUGUCAGCGGUGGAGAAAUGACGUUUGAGGAGGCAGCCGAGCUGCCUGAAGGCCCGAUAUCAUUCCUGCCAAGGUGCAUAUCCCUCGAGAAUGAUAAUGAGAAGGUCGACAGAGCCGCCGUAUUAGGGGAACUGAAGGGCGGCAGUCACGAAUCGAUGGCAGAGAGCGCGGCCUCUCCACAACUGGAUUUCUAUAGACAUAUAGAGAUUGUCAUAUGUGUAAUGAUGAAAGGGUGAACUUUGUGAGAGAAAUGCAAGAUAGAUAGGGGUUUUCCUUAGCGAUGAGUUGGUAAACGAGUCUGUCGAUAUGAACUCUUGGGAGUCAUCAGCCUUUUUUCGUCUUUUUUCUUCAUUUUUCUUCUUUUCUGUGGGAGUUAUCAGCCUGUUAUUCCCGUUGUACCUUAUUUUCAAAGUGAUGUGGAAUUCCCAAGUAAUCCUCGGCAAAUGCUGUUUAUAUUUUUUGUGUACCGCUUCUGCACAGCAUUUUCCUCCGAUAUUUUCCUACCAUUUUUUCUUUAGGUUUUUGAACUCUUUUUGUUCUGGAUUGUGUGGUGGAGAUUGUCCGGGAGCCGGAGGAUCCCGGGAGCUGGCCCAGCUCGGCCAUCCAGUUCGUAAGAGGCGGGCAGCGGGGCAGGCGGGGCCCACACCCUGCCGCGGGUUCAUUGAGGAGGGGGGAGGAUAGGGAGGUUUCUUAGCUUUUUUUGACUUUUUUUUGUUUCAUUUCAUUUCUAUGGUAGAUGUAGUGUGAAAUUCCAAAGCGAUCCUUCCUCGGCCAGAGUUGUUUAUAACUUUGUGUUACACGGCUGCAGACUCCGCACAGCAUUUUCUUUCGAUAGUAUCAUACAAUUUUAUUUUAUUUUUCAAAGUUUUUUUAACCUUUUGGUGUUCAUUGUGUAGUGGGGUUGUUUGGGCGCUGCCGCUGGAUCUUGCCCUGUCGGUGCCCUGGCUGGGCCAUUUAGUUACUAGUCAAAGGUGGGCAGCGGCAGUCCGGGGACCCAUGGAAAAAGCUGAGGUUGGACCCUCAGCUUUUUUCAUAUGUUCCCACAGACCCUUAUAUCAUGAUAUGUGACAUGAUGAGCACAUAAGAAUUUUCUUACAUCGUGUAGAGAAUACUUAACCGGAAUUUUUCUUAACAGUAGUGCCAACUGUUCCGUCACCUAGAAAAUACUUAACCGGAAUUUUAUGCAGCAGCUUUUCUUUUGAAAUCUCAGCUUCUCUGUCACCUACCAAUUAGUGUAGAGAAUCUAGAGAUAGGAAACCAACAGUAGGGAAGCUGCCUGACAGGAAUUUUCUGAUGAGCGGGGAGCUAGGACUUCUGAAGCAUAGGGGUACAAAAGAGGUGAAUUCAAAUGACGUUAAAAACCCUCCGAACCAUAGGGGUAUAGAAUAGGGGUUGAAUCCAGAUGACGUUGAAACUUGAAAGUGGGAAGUGGAAAGUGGAAAGUUCUUUCGGGGUGGCAUUUGAAUGACAAAUUAUGACAUUAUAUUUGAAAGUAGGAUGGUUUUCCGUAAAUCCUACGGGGUAGUUGAACCAUCGGCACAAAAUAGGAUGGCAGCCAAGCACAGGCCGUCGCGAGUAUAUGCAUGACAUUAUACUUGAAAUUGGGAAGUCAGUAGUUGAGCACAGGCCAUGGCGAGUGUAUGUGCGUGCUUGGCACUCUGUUGGCCGCGUAAUCGUGGUGCUGCAAUAUAGGCAGUGCAUCAGCUCAGAGACAUCCUGCUGAGGUACACAUUUCUCGGGCCAUGGCGAGUAUAUGUGUGUGCUUGACACUCUGUUGGCCGCGUAAUCGUGGUGCUGCUAUAUAGGCAGUGCAUCAGCUCAGAGACGUCCUGCUAAGAAGAUACACAUUUCUCGUUCUUUUGUUGACGGGUAUUUUGAUGAGAUAUCGUUCUUUUCCCGUGUUUGCGACCACUUGAACAAGUUCCCCUCGCCCUCUUUUUCUAGUUCCAAGCCUUCUGUUUUCUUUGUCCUUAGAGAGCUUGGCAUCAGUCAUAUCUCAGUUAUAUUUCCUAUGGGAUCGAGUGAGUCUCGUGGAUGCAAGUGAGUCUC